AUGGCUGAUUCUAGGUAAUAAAAUCCAGGACCUUAUGAUCCUUGUAGUGUACCAAAGGGAGGACUUAAUUAGCAAGAACGAAUAAUUUUACCUUUAAAAUUCAUCUGCCCUUCUGAUUGUGUAUGUUAAUCUAAAGUUGAAAGAAUUUGGCAUCAUAAAAAAUGUGGAAAUCCUUCAUUCAUUACUGAUUAUGGAGAUAUUUUAUGUAAAAAUCACUUAACAGAUUGUCCAGGAUAUUUUAUUAAAGACGCCUCUUUUUAAUGCAAUAAAGCAGCAGAAUCAAACACUUGGUAUCAACAUAAGAGCAUGUCAUAACUUUUUGAUGCUCUAUCAAAAGCUAUUUAGGUUGCAGAAAAUGAUCUUUCUGACGAUAAAGUGAUAUAAUUUUCUAAAAAUCUAAUUAAUCAAUUACAAACGAGAUGGUAUACCUGA